GGCGGACUGCCAAACUCAAACAUGGAGUAAAAUGGGAGGGAAAAAUCCUCAAUUAUAAUAUAUCACGUGGACAGAGAGGAGCCUGAUUUAAAAGCUCACAACUUAUAUCGUCUUUCGCUCCUGAGAAGGCGAGUCUUGAAGUUCCAUCAGUAUGGGCAGUCUUUUCUCAGACGCAUCUGGACGACUGCAGCAACGGGUCAUGGAGAGGUGCCCAUAGAUGUGCCAUUCAAGUACGGACCAUGCUCAUCUUGGACUUCUCGUUUUCUAAACUGCUCAAUCGAGGAAUGCGGAGCCAAUCAUAGAUCCAGGAGAGACAAGUUGCUCAUGCGGAGUUUGCCCUUCUUCAUUAACGGGAUUCCCUUCGUCAUCACGAUCAAACGCAGCGCCCAAAUCACCUCCGCCACUAUAUUGGGGACGUGAGAGCACGAGGCUGGCGUAAGCUUCGCACUACCGUGAAGAUGAACAUCCAAGUGCUGCCAGAACAUAAGCUCUCAUCAGUCGCCCCGCUUAAACAGUGCAAUGUGGAAAAAAAGGAAGUUGAGCUGAUACUGGUGAAGGACCAGAAUGGGGUCCAGUACACUAGCUCGUCUGUCAUCCCCAACUGCAGUGGCGGCCCCCCUGAAGAUGAUGAAAGGGAAACUUGGGGAAAGAAAAUUGACUUUCUACUGUCUGUUAUAGGCUUUGCAGUGGACUUGGCCAAUGUGUGGAGAUUCCCUUACUUGUGUUACAAGAAUGGAGGAGGUGCCUUUUUGAUCCCUUACAUUCUGUUCCUGGUCAUUGCUGGGAUGCCCUUAUUCUACAUGGAGUUAGCCUUGGGCCAGUACAACAGAGAAGGGGCCGCCACAGUCUGGAAGAUAUGCCCUGUGUUUAAAGGUGUGGGCUAUACUGUCAUCAUCAUCGCCCUGUACGUUGGCUUCUACUACAACGUCAUCAUAGCUUGGUCUCUCUACUACCUGUUCUCGUCCAUGACCAGCGAGCUGCCAUGGCUUCACUGUAACAACAGCUGGAACAGCGAGAACUGUACUCUCCCCAAGCACUUCAACGGCUCGUUCUUGGCCAAUGGGACAUCCUACGCCAAGUUUAAGAUCACGCCGGCGGCGGAGUACUAUGAGCGGGGUGUGUUGCAUCUCCAUGAGAGCAGGGGCAUCCAGGACCUGGGCUUACCCCGCUGGGAGCUCACUCUAUGUCUUGUGGUUGUGGUCUUCAUCCUAUACUUCAGCCUGUGGAAGGGCGUUAAGUCCUCAGGCAAGGUGGUGUACAUCACAGCCACUAUGCCCUACGUGGUGCUGUUUGUGUUGUUGAUCCGAGGCAUCACUCUGCCAGGUGCCAUGGACGGCAUACGGGCCUACCUCCACAUCGACUUCAACAUGCUCAAUAACCCCAAGGUGUGGAUCGAUGCUGCCACACAGAUCUUCUACUCUCUAGGAGCAGGCUUCGGGGUGCUCAUCGCCUUCGCCAGCUACAACAAAUUCGACAACAACUGCUACAGGGAUGCUCUCCUGACCAGUACAGUGAACUGUGUCACCAGCUUCUUCUCAGGGUUUGCCAUCUUUUCUGUGCUGGGUUACAUGGCUGACAAACAUGGCGUGAAAAUAGAGGACGUAGCCACAGAUGGGGCAGGACUGGUGUUCAUUAUCUACCCAGAGGCCAUCUCCACUUUGCCCGGUUCUACGUUUUGGGCCAUCGUAUUCUUCAUCAUGCUGCUGACGCUGGGUAUCGACAGCUCUAUGGGCGGUAUGGAGGCAGUAAUUACAGGCCUCACUGACGACUUCAAAAUCCUCAAGAGGAACAGGAAACUGUUCACCUUCGCCACUGCAUUCGGCACUUUCCUGGUCGCCUUGUUCUGCAUCACUAACGGAGGCAUCUAUGUCCUUACUCUACUAGAUAACUACGCAGCAGGAACCUCUAUACUGUUUGCGGUGCUGAUCGAAGCUAUAGGGGUGUCCUGGUUUUACGGAGUGGACCGUUUCAGUGAGGAUAUUGAGCGCAUGAUGGGCUUCAAGCCAGGUCUCUACUGGAGGCUGUGCUGGAAAUUUGUCAGCCCAGCCUUCCUGCUGUUUGUGGUGGUUGCCAGCAUCGUGACCUCAACUGGCCUGAAUUACGAUGACUAUGUCUUCCCUCAGUGGUCCAACGUGGUUGGCUGGGGUGUGGCCAUGUCCUCUAUGCUCUUGGUCCCCAUCUACGCCAUCUACAAGUUUUGCAGCGUGUCAGGCACUUUCAAACAGAGGAUAGCUUACUGCAUCACACCUGAACAUGAACAUCACCUAGUGGCCGAGGGGAACAUCAGGCAGUUCACGCUUAAGCACUGGUUGGCCAUCUGACACCCAACAGGCUGCCCAACAUUCCUCACUGUCCAAAAUUCCAGCAUGUUGGAGCCACGGCGUUCUGGCGGCAGACAUGUCUACCCAUGAGCCUCCGGUCGGAGGGCGAACAGGGAGAGCCAGGCUUGAACUUUUCUCACCUCUGACCUACACUGUCCCUCCCCUCCCUCACUCCCUGGCUGGCACACUGGCUUUACACAUAGUCAAUAUCAUCCAUUUUUCCAACAAGCAACUUAUUAGCCAAGACACACUCUGUUCAAAAGGUAACAUUUUGAAGGGGUGGUUCAUGGAUACUUAUUUUCCUUUCCAUGUCAGUGUAUAUUUUUUAUUUAAGCUGUGCUUGUUUCUGCAGAGUAAGACACUAAAGCCAAGAGAAAAAAUAUUGCUUGCAAUGUAUAUUUUGACUAUGAUUUUUGUUUGCUCUGCUUUGUUUAUACAGAGUGUGUAAGACACUGAAACCAAGAGAAAAAAUAAUCAAUCAGAAUCAGUCCACUAGGUAAGGUGUAGUACAGGAUAGGGGUGGAAAAUGUAAUUAGCUUUUCUUUUUUUUAAGACCCUCAAGCCAUAAGGAUAGAAAUUGAGUUUUUGUGCUGUCUUUGAGAUGCCAAGUAGAUACAGCAAGUAAUUAUUGGGAGGGAAAGUCUUCAUUCUUUUGAAAGCAGCUUAACUGUGUCAGUGCCUUAUCAAGGAAGACACAUCAGAACCAGUUCAAGGUUACUCUUCACCACCCCUACUUAACAUCUCUGCAGAUCUCAACUGUGGCUUACAUACGCUCCCGGUUACGACAACGGCUAUUCAUUCAGUUGAAUGAUUCCUUUUUGAUCCUUGAAAUCCAAGGUUAUUCACCUGGGCUUGUGUUAUGUGCAUAGAGACAUGCAGCUUUUGUCAACUGUUUUUUAAAAAGGGAACAAUUUAUAUUUGAACUUCAAUUUGUUUUGCAGUCAGGGUCAUUCCAAAGCUCCAUUGAAGGCUCAACAGAUGGGCAGUUGUUUUUUGGUAGUAUCUUAUUACUCAACUAUUCCAUAUUUCCUCUUCAAAGAAAUGCGUAAAAUGUUCUUCACCCUGCAAAAGCGUCUUACAGUGUGCUUUCAGGAAGAGAUGCUUGGGGAAGGCCCUUUGGCAGGUUUUGUUUUCCAGAACUUCAAAAGCUUUGAGAGCAGUUCAUAUCUAAAAUACAGUCCUAUGUGUUUUACUUUCUAAGGAAUGAUGAAGUUACUGUUUUGAUUGUUGGCCAAGGAAGAAAUAGCUUGUUUAUCAAAAAAAAGACUUGACUGCAGUUUUAUAACAGAAAGGUUCAACUAAACAAAUUACUUUUCAUAACUUUUGGUUUAGUGUCGUUGCACCUUUCCAAUGCUUUGUUACAUGUCUAUGAGGAAAAUCAGUAGCUUAUCCUUCAAAGAGUGUAUGUGUGGUUUUGUACCGUAUGCGUGUUUUUGUGUGCGUGGAGGGGUGACAAGUGAUCUUAUAUUGCCUCAAUUGUGCUAUAAAAAUGUUAUGUUAAAUGGACAAUUACAUUUGUUUAGUUUUUAUCUUGAUUUACAGAAGAUUCACCACCAUUGAAGUGCCAAAUGUUUCCUUUUCAGUAUUCCUAUUUGUAUCUAUUUAUUGCAAUUGAGUUUCAUUGGAAUUUGAACCGUAUAUCGUAAAAAAAAACUAUUGGCAGGAUAAAAGCCACACAUAAGAAUUCAAUAGUAUAUGGAAAUAUAAGAUAUGAAAAAUAUAUAAAUAUAUUCUUUUGUUAUAUAUCCAAUCUUGUAUUUAUCAAAUUGUUUAUAACAAAAACGUGAAUGUAAAGUAUUUUAAACGUAACUGUCUGCUGUUAUAUCACGGUGUUCGAUGUAAGUAAGAUGAACUAUUUAGAGAUGUAGUCUUCAGCGUAACCUGGGGAAAUUUUGCCACGUGAAUGUAGGCAAAUAAGCCCUGGCUUUGCUGAACAAUGUUUACAGAAUACUGUGUACAAUACAAACGUCCAGUUGAACGUGAGUGACAAAUAUCUAUAAAGAAGUAAAAAUAUGCACACUAUUAUAAUAAAAAGUUUCUUCU